AUGCCUGAUUCUUUGCACAUGCAGUAUGCUCCUGCAGCAUGGGUCCCUCUCAUCAAAUCUCCGAGUCUCAGGGUACCUCGGCCGGUAAUACGCCCUCCAGAUAUUCACCCACUGCCUGACGAUGUAACCGCAUACCCGCAUGUGCUGAGACUGGAGGAUUCGCGACGGGUGACUCUCGCCGCUCACGCUGCUCGUCGCGAAGCGUACCUCAAAAUUGCACCGGGCUUCGAGCCUCAAGGAUCACCACUCGUCCCUCUCAAGCUCGCCUCUGUCAUGGAGGAUCUUGUAGAUCAUCUGGCUGCACUGGAUAUGGAUACGUGA